UUGCGACAGUCAACACAUGACAAAUGUUCUAUAUCGAUUUAUAAGUGUAAACAUAUUUAUAAAUAAAAAUACUUAUGAAAGUGUAGCAAUUACUGUAUAAAGUUAAUUAAGCAAACAAUCUUAAAGUAGUGUGACUAGAAAUGAUAAUCAAUUUAUUAGUUUAAUUUUAUAUCAACAUUUUCGUAACGAAGGAAACUUAUGUCAUAACAAAUAAUAAGAAGUUACAAAUGUAAAAUGAGUCCAAUAUUAAGAUAUAACAUUUUUGAAUAAAUUGGGGCUGAGUUUAUUAUGGACUCCAUGGAUGAUAUUAAUCAAAGGGGAAAACAACCAAAAUUAGGGUUAGGUCGUUUAGAACGAUAUUAUGGGCCCUAUAAUUUUGAAGAGAAUGAUCCAGAAAUUCGUGGAUGGAAAGAUAAAUCUUCAGAUUCUAAUAAUUAUUAUACUCGUCGUCAAAAUUACAAAUAUUUGAGUGAAGAUGAGGACUUUGAGGUGCAAGAUAUAGUCAAUCGCUCUUUUAGUAGCAGAACACCUCCAAUACAUUCAGAGGAAGAUAAUGCUUUAAUGAAAUAUGUAGGAGCAGGAGUGUCACUGGCUAGUCUUAUUACUGAGAAUCUGUUAAAUCAUCCUUUUGUGGUUUUAAGAAGGCAAUGUCAGGUAAAUAAUGUUUCAAGACGUUAUCACCUGAUACCUGUUACUCUAGUACCUGUUAUUAUUCAAAUUCAUAGAAGUCAAGGUUUAACUACCUUAUGGAAAGGUAUAGGAUCAGUUUUAUUGGUACGUGGCAUGACAUUAGGAGUUGAAGAUUUAAUAUCAAAAUUGACUUUGUGGCCUAAAGAUAUUGAUUGGGAAGAAGUUACAUGUAAAUCAUUUUUCAAACAUAUAUUAUUGAAAUGCUGCAGUACAGCUGUAAUCACUCCCUUUUACUCAGCUUCAUUAGUGGAAACUGUCCAGAGUGAAAUAGCUAGUGAAAAACCAGGAUUUUUUGAUGUUUUUCGAGAAGGAGUGUUGAGAAUGUUUACUUGGGGAUCUGGUUUUAAAGGGCGAAUGUUGCCUAUUUGGAUUUUAAUACUCCCAACCGUUAUAUUAACUGUUUCUCGGUACUUAGCUCAUAUUGGACUAAAAAGGGGGGCGUCGCGCUUUUUAACUCUAUUCAGCGAGCGAAAAUUUAAAUAUACAGGUGUCAGACCAAAGGAAUCUCUCACUAUGCAUACCCGGCGUCUAGAACUUGAAACUGAAAUGAAUGCCUCAUUCAUUGCACUUGUUGUAGCAGACACUAUUUUUUAUCCAUUAGAAACCGUUGUUCAUCGUAUUCACUUACAGGGAACUCGUACUAUAAUAGACAAUUUGGAAAAUGGUAAGACAGUCUUAGCAAUUUUAACAAAUUAUGGAGGUUCCAUUGAUUGCUAUGAGAAAUGUAUAGAAAUGGAGACACCGGCUGGAUUGUACAAAGGUUAUGGGGCCUUAAUAUUACAGUAUACAGCCCAUAUUGCUUUAAUUAAAUUUACCCAUUUUGUUUUCAUGCAAGUGGCAGACAUAAUAAGAAAAACCCGUAACAGUAAGGGAAAGCAAGUGUAAUUUUAGUAAAGGUAAUUGUUAGUAUGUAAUUUUUUAUUAAUUAUGCAGUUGUUUAAUGGAAAUUAAAGUACUAUUUUCUUUUUUGAAUCAUAAAAAGGCUGUAAGUUAUUUCAUUUGUUGCAAUUAGUAAUUUCUUAUUAAUAAAUUAUCAGUGAUUAA